AUGAGCGAUAAAAAUACCCGUAUUGCCGUGGUUAGUACGGAUAAGUGUAAGCCUAAAAAAUGCCGGCAGGAGUGCAAGAAAUCGUGUCCAGUGGUGAAGACAGGACGUCUUUGUAUUGAAGUGGAGCCUAAAUCGAAGAUUGCGUUCAUUUCUGAGAAUUUGUGCAUUGGUUGUGGUAUCUGCGUGAAGAAAUGCCCCUUUGGUGCCAUUAACAUCAUCAAUUUGCCUACAAAUUUGGAGUCACAAGUGACGCAUCGAUACUCUGCAAACUCGUUCAAGCUACACAGGUUACCAACGCCGAGACCAGGUCAAGUGUUGGGAUUGGUUGGUACCAAUGGUAUCGGUAAAAGUACCGCAUUGAAGAUUCUUUCGGGUAAGUUGAAGCCAAAUCUUGGAAGAUACGACGAUCCUCCUGAUUGGGAGGAAAUUAUCAGAUACUUCCGUGGUUCUGAAUUACAGAAUUACUUCACCAAGUUAUUGGAGGACAACAUUCGUGCCAUCAUUAAACCCCAAUACGUUGAUAGCAUUCCUCAUGCCAUUCGUGGCGAUGAGAAAAGAGUGGGAGUUCUGCUCAAGAACAGAAUGGAAAGAAAGGAUUCAGCCAAGCACAUGAUUAAAGCUUUACAAUUACAGCAUGUGUUGAAGCGUGAAGUGGCACAACUUUCUGGUGGUGAGUUACAGAGAUUUGCCAUUGCCAUGACUUGUAUCCAGAAGGCUGCUGUCUACAUGUUUGACGAGCCUUCGUCGUAUUUGGAUGUGAAGCAACGUUUAAAGGCUGCACAGGUGAUUCGUUCGCUCUUGAACGCCGACACCUUCAUUAUUGCUGUGGAACAUGACUUGUCUGUAUUGGACUAUCUUUCGGACUUUAUUUGUAUCUUGUAUGGUGUUCCUUCUGUCUACGGUGUUGUUACUUUUCCUGCCGGUGUGAGAGAGGGUAUUAAUAUCUUCCUUGAUGGUCAUAUUCCUACUGAGAAUAUGCGUUUCAGAACGGAGUCUUUACAAUUCCGGUUGGCUGAUGCUUCUGAUAAUACUCUUAUUGAGAAAACUGCUGAUUUUGUCUAUCCAUCGAUGGCCAGGACUCAGGGUGAAUUUAAGUUGACUGUGGAAGCGGGAGAUUUCUCUGACUCUGAGAUUAUCGUGAUGAUGGGUGAAAAUGGAACCGGUAAGACCACUCUUUGUCGAUUAUUGGCUGGAAAAUUGGAGCCAGAUGAAGGAUCUAAGGCUCCUAAGCUGAAUGUGUCGAUGAAGCCACAGAAGAUAUCUCCUAAAUUCAAGGGAACAGUUCGUCAAUUGUUCCUAAAGAAGAUUAGAGCCUCGUUCUUGUCUCCUCAGUUCAACACUGAUGUUAUAAAACCUUUGAAGAUUCAGGAUAUUGUGGAUGAGAACGUGAUGCAUUUAUCUGGUGGUGAAUUACAACGUGUGGCCAUCAUUCUUGCUCUUGGUAGACCUGCAGAUAUCUAUUUGAUUGAUGAGCCGAGUGCUUACUUGGACUCUGAACAGCGUAUCAUCUGUUCGAAGGUGAUUCGUAGAUUCAUUAUCCAUUCCAAGAAGACGGCGUUCAUUGUGGAGCACGAUUUCAUUAUGGCUACCUACAUGGCCGAUAGAGUCAUGGUGUUUGAAGGUGAGCCUUCUAUGAGUGCUACAGCUCACAAGGCUGAAUCUCUUCUUACUGGUUGCAAUAGAUUCCUUAAGAAUUUGAAUGUCACUUUCAGAAGAGAUCCAACAUCUUUUAGGCCAAGAAUUAACAAGUUGGAUUCUCAGAUGGAUAAGGAGCAGAAGUUGGCUGGAAACUACUUCUUUUUGGAGAAUACUGAGUUGUAA